UUCUGAAAACAAAAAAUAAGAAAAUUGUAUUGAUAUGCUUAUUAGUCUAUUUACCAUAAUAAUAGUUCCUAUAACUCUAGCUUUUUUAAGCGCGAUUGGGAGUUUGUUGAUAGCCCUUCAUUAAAAUAAUAUUUAUAUAUAAGAGUAUUGUGAUAAUUUAUUCAAUGAUAAAGUAAAAUUUAGCUCUUCUCAUACUCAAUUCAUCUCAUAUCGCUUGAGCAAAGAAAUCUAUAAAUUCCCUUAUUUCCUAAACAUCAUGAACUCAUUUUCUGAUAAAGUUGUUAGAGGAAAGGUAAUAUAUAAUCCAACGCAUCAUAAAUCUUUCUUGAACAAUAUCCUUGCAUAUGUAAACCUUGAGGACUAAGCUCUUACAAAAUUAGCUUUAAAAAACUCCUUUUUAGUAGAUGCUUGGUAUAUUUAGGAUGAAGUGUAUAUGAAUAACUUAGAUAAUCAAAAAAAAAUAAUUGUUUAAAACUAUACAUAAAUAAGUCCAAUCAUAAGAUCUAUUGGGUAUCAAAGCAGAGUCUACCUUGCGGAUUAGGAAUUUGAAGCAAUUCCUUAUAAGGCUAUUUUUUAAGCGUAUGGUGAUGGAUUUUUUUUUUCUACUUUCUCUAAUACGACACUAUCUAAUGCGAUUGAUAAAUAAAAUAUAAAUGCAAUACAUUAAUAUGAUCCUAGAACUAGGUUUUGGUAUUAAAAUAGCCUUAAUUAAACUUCAUUUUACAUGAAUUAGCCAAGUUUAUCAUUUGGAAGUAAUGUUCCAUAUUUAUCAUAGUUUGGAUGCUAGAAAUCCUUAUAUUUAAAUCCAUAAACUAAAAAGAUAGAAAUCCAUCAUGUCUAAUGCUUAGAUGCUAUGCUUUCUAAUUUGUCAAACUAUUUCUAAAAUGUUAUCCAAUCAUCAAAAUAGUAUUAUGUAAUUGACCCAAGGACACUUUAAAUAGUUUAUAACUCUAUCAAUGAGUACAAAUUUUCUUAAAUUAAAUAAAUAGAUAAUUUUUAUAACAUUGAGCUUGAAUUUUUGGAGGAUUAGUAGUAAUCUUAGUAUUUUCAAAAUUUGAUCAGUAAUAACUAUAAAAAAUGGAUUUUUAAUACCUCAAAUAACACUAAAACCACUUUAAUAUAAAUGAUGAAUUAAAGUUAAUAUUAAGUGAUUUUUGAUUACAAGAGAAAUUAAUCUAUUUACAAAGUAAUUAUAAAUCCAAUCAUUGGUUUCGAUGAUAUCCCCAAUCACAUAGCUAGCUAUUUAGGAAUUUAAGGUCAAUAACUUGAAUAUGUUUAUUUAUAAAUUAACAUGAUUUCAGAUGAAGAUUUAAGAGCACAAACUUAAUAAUUAAUUUAACUGUCUACGAUUAUCUUAAUUAUAUCUUCUAUUUGUAUUUCAAUCCUUGGUUUGUUGUUAUUUUGCGCAAUAUUUUAAUAUUUACGUCUUGUCAAAAAUUAGGUUUAUAAACCUAUUGAUAAAUUGACUUAGAUACUGCAAAGAAUUAAUUUACUUUAAAAGCAAUGCGAUAUAAAUGAAAUUAUUAUUGAAUUUUAAUAAAAUGCAGAUGAAAUAUUUCUUUCUAAAGAAACUAGGAUGCUUUAUAAUAGUUUUUAUAAUCUAUUUUAGUAGCUUUAAUAUUUGAGUGAGCAUUUUUUCAUAGAAAACGAAGGAAAAACAUUAAUUGAUCUCAAUAAAAAAGUUAAAUUUUUUUAAAAAUUUAAUAAUUACUAUGCACUAGGAAUAGCACAUAAUAAUAUUGGAUGUAUUUUGUUAAAUCAGAAACACUACUUUCAGUCUAUGGAGCAUUUUUAAUCUUCAAUUAUCUGCGCUAAGUAUGAAAUUCAAGAGUUUUGUGAUAAAACAGAAAACAUUAAAUUCCUUAAUAUCCUGCAGCCAUAUUCUUUUAGUGACUAAAAUAUAGAUAACAAUAUGACAAAUUUACAAAAUAAAAUGAAAGAUUAAUGUAUUAAUAUAUCAAAUAUCAAUCAUUUAAGUCUAUUUAAUAUCUAAAUAAAUUAAAGUAAAUUAAAAUAGCCAAAAAAUAAUUCCCGCAUCGGCCUAAUAGAGUCCUCUAUUAUAAAUAAUUUUAAUUAAAAAAAUAAAUCUGGCAAUGGCAAUGGCAUUUUUACUAAUAAUAUAUUUUAAAUAGAAGAUCUUAACAAAGAAGAUGAAUAAUAUCAAGAAUUAUAAGUACUUAUUUCUAAUUUAAUAUUUAGAAAACUUAAUUAUUUAAUCGCUUUGAUUAUUUAAUAAUAAGACUUCAGUAAUGAUUAAUAAUAGAAAUUCCUUUAUAGCUUUUGGGAACAAAUUAAGCAACUCACUAAAGAAUUAAUACCUCUAUAGUCUAUUUUACCAUGCUAAGAAAAAAUAAAAGUAAUUUGUGAAUGUAUAUUAUCUAAAUGCUAUUAUAAUAUGAAUAAACUUAAAAAGGCUUAUUAAAGAAUUUAGCAAUCUAAAAAAAUAGUUAAAAAUUAGCAUGAGCAAUUCCAAAAAAAAAUAAUUGAAAGCAACACUCCAAAAAAAAAAAUUACAAAAGAAAGAAUUUCUGAAAAAACAGGUCUAAAAUUUAGCAGUAUUGUAAAUUAAAAUACACAUGAAUUUUUUGAUUCUCCUAAAAAAUAUGUAAAUUCUCCUAAGAUUUUCAAUCAUGAAAGCAAUAAUAAUAUAUUAAUGUCAUAGCACAUGAUUUUAGAAAAUUCAUAAAAUAUCUUUAAUUCAAAAAACUAACCACAAAAAAAAACAAGUAUACUUUAAAGUAAGAAAUAUAAGAAAUAAGAUUAAUCAAAUGAAUUGAAUCAUAGAGGAAAAGUUAUUUCUAGUCAAAAGAAUGUACUCUCACUUUUAAAUAUGCCUACAAAUAAUUUAUAUGUUUAUAUUUAGUUUAAUUAUGCUGAAUAUCUAAUAUUUACAAAGUAAUAUAAAAAGGCUGCUUAUAUUCUGACAUCUAUUCUCGAGAAAAGCAAAUGCUUAAUGUCAAAUAUGCCCUACAGAAUUAUUUUUAAAUUGUAAUAAAUAUUUGAUUUAUUUAAGAUCCAAGAUAAAUCUAUCAAAGAGCAACAACAAAGAUUUAAUAAAAAUAAAAAUAUUAAAAUAGUGAUUUCAUUUGAAAUUAACCAACCACUACAAAAUAUACAUAAAUUAUCAUUAAAUAAAUAAAAUAAUUAUUAUUAUGAAGAAAAUGAUAAUUAAAAUUUUUCCUUUGAUCAAUUAUAACUAUUUAUAAAACUUAUUGAAGAAGCUUUAGUGAAAAAAGAUGAUAGUGUCUCUAUUUCUUUAAAUGAUUUAUAAACGAACUCUGUCUAAUAAUAUAUGCCUUUGAUAAGGACUAAGUUGUUUGAAUCAGAUUCAAGUGCCGAGUUUACAGGAUAGUAAAAUAAUUAAGAAGAAAAUCCAAAACGAAAUUCAACUAAAUACUUUGAUAGCUUUUAUUUCAUUUAAUAGAAAAGCUAACUUUUUCCUUCAAAUGAAAAACAUAAAUUUUAUUCUUCUAUUGAUAUUUAUGAAGAAAAUUAGCAAAAUAAUUUUGAGAAUAAUCCUGAAAUAAUUACUUAGUAAGAUUAACAUAUUGAAUCUUAAUAAAUUAAAACACAAUAGAACUCUCUAAUAAAGUGUAAUAAUAAUCCAAUUAAAAAUUUUUAAAGCCAAUAAGAUUUUAAAUUCUAGCUAAAUGACUAAGAAAACAAUAAUGAAAAUAAUUAAAUAAUCCAAGAUCAUCACAGAGAUAUCAUAAAUGAUUAAGAGCAGGAUUAAUAUUCCAAUUAAAAAAAUUAAACUUUUCAUUAUUUUAUGAGAUAGGCUCUGAGCUAACUCAUAUCCAAAUAAAUAGGUUAUAAUGAAAUUGGCUACAAAGGUGCAUCAGGCUUAGGUUCUGGUUUAGAAAAUUGCAUUAAUCUCUCAAAUUUGACACUUAACCUUUAUAAUAAUAAAAUUGGUGACGAAGGUGCAUCAGGCUUAUGUUCUGGUUUAGCAAAUUGCAUUAAUCUCUCAAAUUUGACACUUGAAAUUAGUUCUAAUAAAAUUGGUGACAAAGGUGCAUCAGACUUAGGUUCUGCUUUAGCAAAUUGCAUUAAUCUCUCAAAUUUGACACUUCACCUUAGUUCUAAUUAAAUUGGCGAAAAAGGUUCAUCAGACUUAGGUUCUGCUUUAGCAAAUUGCAUUAAUCUCUCAAAUUUGACACUUCACCUUGGUUUCAAUAAAAUUGGUGACAAAGGUGCAUCAGGCUUAGGUUCUGGUUUAGAAAAUUGCAUUAAUCUCUCAAAUUUGAGACUUUACCUUAUUGAAAAUUAAAUUGGUGAAAAAGGUGCAUCAGACUUAGGUUCUGCUUUAGCAAAUUGCAUUAAUCUCUCAAAUUUGACACUCGACCUUAGUUAUAAUAAAAUUGUUGAUGAAGGUUCAUCAGGCUUAGGUUCUGGUUUAGCAAAUUGCAUUAAUUUCUCAAAUUUGGCACUUGACCUUAGUUAUAAUAAAAUUGUUGAUAAAGGUGCAUCAGGCUUAUGUUCUGGUUUAGCAAAUAGCAUUAAUCUCUCAAAUUUGACACUUUGCCUUCAUAAGAAUAAAAUUGUUGAUAAAGGUACAUCAGGCUUAUGUUCUGGUUUAGCAAAUUGCAUUAAUUUCUCAAAUUUGGCACUUUGCCUUAGUAAGAAUUAAAUUGGUGACAAAGGUGCAUCAAGCUUAGGUUCUGCUUUAGCAAAUUGCAUUAAUCUCUCAUAUUUGACACUUGACCUUCAUUCUAAUAAAAUUGGUGACAAAGGUGCAUCAGGAUUAGGUUCUGGUUUAGCAAAUUGCAUUAAUCUCUCAAAUUUGACACUUGACCUUCAUUCUAAUAAAAUUGGUGACAAAGGUGCAUCAGGCUUAGGUUAUGGUUUAGCAAAUUGCAUUAAUCUCUCAAAUUUGACACUUGACCUUCAUUACAAUUAAAUUGAUAAUGAAGACACAUCAGGCUUAGGUUCUGGUUUAGCUAAUUGCAUUAAUCUCUCAAAUUUGAAACUUAGACUUACGUAAAAUCAGUUUAUUUGUUUUGGAUU